UGUCAUCGGUAAGUUGAGAGCUCUAGUUCGGCGUGUAAAUCUAAAUGUAAAUAUCGCUCGUCUGCGCCGAAACAGUGUAAUAAUAAUUUUAUAUCCCCCGUUUAGAAGAAUUUCUAAAAAUAUAACGUAUACCGACAUCAAGCUGACUGCAAAACACGCGCACGCUCUGGCAACCAAUUCGCACAGCAGCAGCAACAAGCGACGGCCAGUGGUUGCGAUAGUGGCCAACGUGAGUGCAAGGCUAAUGCAAACAAUUGAAUAAGCGCUGCCGUCUGCUGCCUGCUGUUGGGAGCCACUCGAGUUCAGUGCAGGUUGGCGCCGCCAUCGUUCGCCUUGCUGGCCAAAUACAAAUUGAAGUUAGUGAAUUUUGCACGCGCUUACAGUUUCCUUGCUAUAAUUGCAACCAGCUGGUGGCGGUGGCCCCUGACACCGUUACCCGUUGCCCGUCUUGCCGACGUGGGGCUGGGGACUCCGCCAUCGCUUUGAUCGUGAUCGUACGUGUGUGUGUGUACAUAUAUAUAUAUAUAUAUAUAUAUGUGCGUAUGCGUGUGAGUGUGAGCAGAGACCACCGCAGUGACCAUGAAGCGACGCGUUGCUCUCAAUUUAUUGGAUGUUUACAAUAAAUACCUAAAAAUGUUUAAAUUGUACAAUUGCAAAGCGAAAGCUUCACCUCUAAAGUCAACAGAAUGACGACAAUAACAGCAACAAAACCAACAUAGUUACAACAAUAAUACCAACAACAAUAUUAACAGCAAUACCAACAACAAUAACAGCUCGCUCUAUUUGCUCUGACAACAAAAACAACACACGAAACAGCUGAGAAUACUUAACAAGCAGGCAGUCGCGCAUUAAGUCGAUCAACCAUUUGUGCUCUUAAGCUUUUAAAGGCUGAAAUUCAACGGGAAAAGCAAUAAAGCUAUAAGCAAAACGGCUAAAAGAAAAAUAAAGCUAAAGCCAAAAAGCCAAAAAGCCACACCAAGUGCCUCUCUCCUAAUGUGUUUAAGUGAAUUUAAGCCGCUCUUUGACGUCACUUUUCGGCGGCGCCGUCUCUGGCCCUGCUUGAGCCAACCGCCUGCCCCUCGCCCAAGCGGGCCGCGCUUUUAAUCGCGUCGCGCGCAUCUUCCCAAAUGCGUUUCGUGUCGUUUCUGUUUUUGUUUUACUUGCGCGCGCGCUCUUCUCUCUUCACUGCCCCUCAAGACGCGUGACUUGGGUUUUUUUGAGCUUGCAGCACACAUGCACAAAUGCAUGUGUGUGUGUGUGUGUGUAUGCGCGUGUGCGUGUGCGUGUACGUGUGUAGCAGCAUUUAAUUGGAUCUGGAUCCGGAUUAUUCAACCGCACAAAGCUGAAUAUUAUGGAAAAGGCGAAAGCGUACAUUAAAAAUGAACUCCGUGGCAGCAGCGCGCCACUGCAAUCCGAGCCAACAGCAAUACCACAACCACAACUACAAACACUGCCGCAGGGGCACAAUCAGCACGUGGCCGCUUCGGAGCUGAUGCCGUCGCCGGUUGGAGGCUAUCAUAUGCAGCAAUACUACAAUACAGGGCCUGUCAAGUCGACGGGCCGUGCCUCGGCGCCGCCGGAGCACAUGACCGCGUCCGUUUGCUUUGUAUGUGGCGGGCAUGGCAGCUACGAGGCGUUGCGCGUGCGCGCCAAUCCGGAGCGGCCGAGCGAGGCACACUUUCCGUUUCUGGAGCGGCAUGAGCCGCCCCAGGGCGUGCCGGCGGUGACAGCCAAUCAGAUGUACGUGAUGGCAUGCAUGCUGUGCUUCCGCUCACUGCACGAGCAGUGGGAGGCGUACGAACGUCAGAAAAAGCCGCUGCUGCAGCGCAUUUAUCACAUGAAGCGAGUCGAUGGCAAGGGCUACAUUGGGGCAGACGUGGCCACCCAGAGUGAGUAUGCGGCCCAAAUGCUGGGCCUCAGUGCCGAGCAUCUCAGCCAGAACGGACUCGCUGAGCUGCACAGCGCCGCCGCUGCGCCACCACUGGAUCCAUAUGCCCUGAGCAGGCAUUACUCGGUGGGCGCACCAUCCGUUGCCUCGCCCCAGCAGCUGCAGCACCAUAGUACCUCAAGGAACGCCUCGCCGGAUUACUAUCCUCGCAACGCUACGCCCACUAGCCACAGUCAGGGCUACAGUAACCACAAAUACCUGAGCCGGCCGCAGUCGCGGGAUAUGCAGCUACCAUCCCCGUUGUCGCGUCCGCCCAGCGAGCCGCCUGCUCGCACUUCGCUUGGCCCCAGCUCCAACUUUGCACAGCACAAGUUUAAGCUGGGUCAGCACAACUAUCAGCCACCACCGCCCCAGUCGCCGGCACAGUACCAGCCCGCGCAGUACCAACAGCUGCAGCAGCAAACGGCCGCCUAUCACAUGCUGCAGCAAGUGGCCGCAGUCUCGGGUGAGCCUCAGUCCCACUAUAAGGGGAAUCCAUACAGUGGCCUGCCCAGCCUAGGUGGCAUGGGUACGCCAAUGCCGCUGACUACGCAGCCGCCCAGCCUGGAGGAUGAUAAUGCCACGGUCCUAGAUCUGCGCAAUUCGUCCAAUGUGAAUGUAACGCCAACAGCGACGCCCACUCCUGUGACCACGCCCACGUCGCGUAGUCAGCCGGGCAGCUCUUCCUCCUCGGCCGAGGUGGGCAUACUGGAUCUGUCCAUGCCGGAUAAGAACUCCAUCACGGAGGUCUGCUAUGUGUGCGGCGAUGAGCAACGUCGCGGCAGCCUAGUCGAGCUAAGCACCGUCAAGCCAAAGGAGUUUAGGCUCGGUCAGCCGGUGGCCUACUUUCCGCUUUUCAACGAGCAGCAUCCGCGCCCCGCCCGCUCUCGCCCGAAGGAUCCCCGUGGCAUGAUUCAGGCCUGCAUGCCCUGCUACGAGGAUCUCAUACAGCAGUGGAACGCUCAUCAGGCCGCUCACACGCCGGAAUCGCAGCGCUCUUACAUGUUGCGAAAACGCUCGGCGCCGGCAACGGAACGUACGACCUUUGUGUGCUACACUUGCGGCACGGACACGCCCUCGUCGCAGCUGCGACUCGUCUAUUGCUGCCCCAACACGGAACGUGAGCCCUACUAUCCGUUCAUCAAGACCAUGAAGGUCUUCAAAAACGCUAGUCCCAUCAGCCCGCAAGGCAUGGUGCAAAUCUGCGCCGGAUGCAGCGAGAAGCACACCAGCCUGGCGGAAGGCGGCCUGCCUGUACCUGCUGCGUCCACUUCAGAGUCCGGAGCAGCGCCAUCCUUGGAGUCCAGUUCGGCCAUGUACAGCGCAAGCGGCCCCAUCGCUGGCAACCAUGUGACAACAUUUGUGGGUCGCAAUUCGCCGUCGGAAAAGUCGCUUGCCAAUUCGGACUCCACGAGCAAUGUGCGCUUUAAGCCAUACGAAACGAAUUCCAACAACUCGAACUCAAACACGGCGCGCGACUUCAAGCAGAUCCGACGCACCGACUCCAGGCCCAGUUCGCCCAGCUCUACACAGGGACAUAUCGAGAAUGGCCAUGCCCAGUACCCCUGCUCCAUUUGCAAGGUGCUCUGCCCGUCCAAUAAAAUGGAUUGGCUCUCCACCAGUGCCGAGCACAUGAACUCCCAUGCCAUGCACUUUCCCUGCCUCAAGGCCAAUGCCACCAGCAGCAGUAGCAACGGUCUUAGCAAUAACAACAACAACAACAACACCAAUAAUAAUAAUAAUAACAACAACAACGAGCUAAACAGCAAUCGUGUGCUGGCUUGCAAGGAUUGCAUUAACUACUUAACCAGCCAGUGGGAGACAAUGGAUGCGGAGCGUGUACCGUUGGAGCACAGGAGAUACAACAUUCCCUCGCCGAUGAUGACCUCCAGUUCGCCAAAUGGAUCUCGCCAUGGCGCCAUGAGUACCUGCACUCCGCCCUCAACGCCAUCCGUUUCCUCGUCAACCCCUGCCAGCACCUCAAUCUACUGUUUCUUGUGUGGCCUGCAUUCGGAUCUAACGCUGGCCAGAAUCCUGUAUGGCAGCAAAGAGGGCUCGAGACCAUAUUUUCCACUGUUGCUGAAACACAACUCUUUGCCAAAUGCUGAGCAGCUGAGAAACAAUUCGGCUCUAGUCUGCACAUUUUGUUAUCAUUCCAUGUUGAAUCAGUGGCGCAAAUAUGAAGCUCAAAGUCCCAGCCUCAGUCCGGCGGAUAGAAAGUACAAUUGGCACGACUACAACUGUCAUCUGUGCGGCAUUCUGACUUACAGAAAGCGGGUGCGAGCUCUGCCUGUCAAUGAAUUCCCGUUCGUAAAGCAUCAGAAGAGCGACGAUGGACUCCUGCUGGAGAAUGGUGAAUACGCCGUGGUGUGUCUGGACUGCUAUGAAAGCUUAAGGCAACAGGCGUCGCAGCAUGAUCGCUUCGGGGUGCCCAUCUCUAGGCGGGCCUACAAUUGGGUGCCCCAGCCGCCGCCGCCGGAGGACAGCCCCGAUGCCGCAGUGGCGCGUUUGCCCUGCGGCGAACGCUCCGAUCGUAUUCUGAUGAGCAAUGCGUUGAGGCCCAUUCCAAGCAAGAAGACCACGUCGCCAAAGCAAUACGAAAAGUCAAAAGAAGUGCCGCCCAAGGCUGGACAGAAGCGACCGGCUACCAGCCCAGCUCCCCACAUACCCGUGCCGCAUCAUCUGCAGACGCCACCGAACUCUAGCAGCGUUCCAGGGGCGUCCGUUGCAAAUAGCCCGGCUCCGCCCACGUCGAACAGCGCACUGCUGAACCACGCCCUGCCCACCAACCAUAUUGGCGCCCAGUCACCCCAACAGCAGCAUCAGCAGCAGCAGCAGCAGCAUCAACAGCAGCAGCAGCAGCAGCAUCAAGCGCAUCAACAGGCAGUCGCCGCAGCUGUGCAGCAACAACUGGCGGGCGUGGGCGUCGGAGUGCCUCCGGGCGCCAUCAAUGCAGCAUCAGCGGCCAGCGCGCGUGGCUCGUUUGCAGCUGCACUGCGCACGCUGGCCAAACAGGCGGACAUCAAGGAGGAGGAUGACGCCAACACGGCAGCCCGAGAGCGCAACGUUCCCACAUCCGCUGCCCAGCCGCCGCCCAACGCCGGACCCGGACCUGUAGCGCUCAACUCGGUGGCCGGACGCGGUGGUGUUUCGUCAGGCGGUGUCGCUGUCGAGGAUCGCCUCGCUGCCAACAAGAAACGUUCGCCGCCAUCGCCACAGCCGCCAGAGAAAAUGGCACGGCUCAGUCACACGCCGCAGGCGGCAGCCAUGCAGCCGGAGCUGCUGGCGCGCAGCGGCUUUCAGCCCUACAGAUCCGAUGAGCGGCUCAUGCAUCCGGCAGGUGCCUUCCCCCUGGAGGCCUACUCGCACUUUGCCGGCCUGCCCGGCAUUCCCCCAGCAGCAUUUCUGAAUCCGGCGGCGGGUCUGCCCUACUCGGAUCCGCUGUACUUGGAGCAUCGCUAUCAGCUGUUCCGGGCGGCUAGCGGGCAUCACACACAUCCUCACGCAGCGGCACUGUAUCCGCCGAUGGCGUCGCCCUAUUCACAUCUGUACUCGAUGAUGCCGGGCGCAGCUUUGGGCAUUUCGCCGGCAAUGCACGAUAGAAUCAAGCUGGAAGAGGAGCACCGGGCGCGGCUGGCGCGCGAAGAGGAGCGCGAGCGUGAAAUGCAGCGCGAAAAGGAACGCGAACUGCGCGAGCAGCGCGAAAAGGAACAACGCGAAAGAGAACGCGAACAGCGCGAGCGGGAACGUGAGCAGCGCGAAAAGGAGCAGCGCGAAAAGGAACAGAAGGAGAAGGAGGCGCGCGAGCGUAAAAUGCGCGAGGAGGAGCGCGAGGCCAGAGAGCGGGAACGCCAGCAGAUGCUCAAUGUCACGCAUCACUACUCCAACCAGCUGUACGCGCCGCUCAACCGCAACCUGCUCGGCUCCAUGAUACCGCACAUCAGUCUGGGCCUGCGUGGUCCGCCCGGCGGCCUGCACAGUCUCUCUAGCAUGUCGCACUAUCACGCGGCGGCGGCCAAUGCGCAGCGCCAGAGCCCUAUGGGCCUCAACUUGGGCAUGCCUGGCAUGCCCUCGCUGCCGGGACACGGGCCAGCCAAUCUGCAGCAUCAUUUACAGCAAGCAGCCAUGGGCCUAGCCGGACAUCCCGGUGCGGCCGGCCUUACACAUCCCGGCUUUUCGGCAGCCGCUGCCCUGGGCCUGGGCCCACAUCCACACAGCCUCAAUUUGAGUCACGCUCACCUCUCGCCGCACCAUGCUGUGCACCAGCUGCCGCCGCACUCCGUGGCCAGCUCAUCGGCUGGUCCCAGUCCCGGGGUGGCUAGCAGCACGGCUGCCACGUCCGCGUCGCCGCACAGCAGCCUCAACCUAACGGUGGCAACCAGCAGCAUGGCUCAGACGACGUCCACGCCCACGGCCAGCUCGCACAUUCCGACCAUGAGCCACUACUAUCAUCAUGGCCAUCUGGCGGCCAUACAUGCAGCGGCGGCUGCCAGCGGCUUGACACCCGUCGCCGCCCAUCAGCAGCCCAUAAGCGCCGCAGCUCAUCCGACGUCGCCCAAGAUUACGCCGCCACUCGGCGCAGCGCCCAAUGGAGGAUCCCGCGCCGCCAACAGCCCACACGCCAUGCGCCACCAUAUUGCGGCUGUCGUCGCUGCGGCCGCCCAGCAGCAGUCGGUGCUGCUAGAAAAGACCGGCGGAACGGCAGCAGGUCCACACACGCACGAGCCAGCUACGCUGGACCUGACCGGCUCCAACUCAAACUCGAGCAACCAGGCGCAGUCGAGCGCCAGCAACAGCACAUCCGCUGCACAUGAGCUGAACGGUAUUGAGUCCAACGGGCCCACAGAUGGCAAGGAGGCGCAGACUCCGCAGACUGCAGUUAAAGAGGAUGCACUGCAGAGCGCCACACCGCCUGUGGCUCUUGAGAAGAAGCCGGCAACGCCGAGUGCCAACGCCAGCCAGGAAAAGACGCUGCUGCCGGACAGCUCGCCGGAGAACUCGUCGCGUCGCAGCGCCAGUCCGCCCAAUACGGACAACAACAACAGCAGCAGCAACGCGAACACCAAUACCAACAACUCGAGCAGCUCGGCAGCCGGAGCCGGAGCUGCAGCUGGAGCGGCAACCGGCGGCCCACAAGAAGACAACAAAAGUGCGGUGCAGGCACUUGGUCGCAGCAAUACCGCCGAGGAGGCAACAGCCUUAUGACACCAACUGUUUAGCAACUCGAACAACUAACUAAUGAAAAACUUUGGCGAUAUUGGGAUGUAUCUUCUGUCGGAACGGGCACUUCAUCAACAGCGCAAGCGGAUGCUCGACGAGUUUCUAAAGCUUUAGGGAACCAGCUCGCUAAAAAAAAAAAGAUAGUCGGCGCGUUAUGGUUCGGCUUAGAAUUAACUAUUGGCCAUGAGGAGCAUAAGCCGCCAUAUAAACGUACAUUAAUAUGCAUACCUAUCAUGUAAAUCCCCUUAGCAGAUAUCACAUAUUUGUUUGUUCUCGGUGUUACAAUCUAAUGUUUAUCCAAAGUUAAGCACAAUUCCACAACUCGAUUACAUCCAUGCAGAUGUAGAGUUUGGAAUUCGUGUAAAGGUCAACUACAAUUGCAUGAAAUGUAAAGUUAAUAUUGUAUAAAUACAAAUAUAAAUAUUGUGAGAUACUCAAAUGAAUUAUAUCGCAUUAAAACAAUAAGAAUUUUAGGCAUGUGCGUAAUUCUGUCUAAUUCAAAGAACCUCUGAAUGUAGUUUGCGUGCGUAUAGAAAGUCUCCAUCUGAAGACAGCCCGUGCGAUUUAAAGUUAGUUGUAAAAUUUAGAUUAAAAAGCUCGUAAGAAAUUUAUAUAUACAAACGGAAACGAAACAUUCAUACUGAAUAGUUGUAUUUUAUUCUUAAAUUGCUAAUAAUUGUGAUUUGGAGAGUACGAAAAAGAAAACGAAAAAGAUAAUGUAUGUAUAUGUAUUAUGUAAAUUGAACUCAAAUACAAGGUGGAUAAAACGGAACUGAAAUUUAGGUAAAACAAAAACAAAUCAAAAUGGAUAAUCUGGAAUGGAUUAGCAAAAUCGCGAAAGGCUUAAAUUAUUUUUCGAAAUUGUCGAAUUUUUUUCGUACACUUAUGUGAGCAACUUUUUGGCCCUUAUAAGCGCAACUCUAUAUUAUGUUCCCUUUAGUUUUUAUACAAUUUUUAUAGUAUUGCCAUUGGGCACUUAAAUAUAAUUGAUACAGAUGCAGAAUAACCAAUAAUUACUUAGCAAAUAUUCGAAACUAAGCAAGCCCCAAACAUACCCAAGCAUUAUAUUAUUGUAACAAGGCUCUCAUUCCCAUUGUAUUUCAUGUUCAUGCUUAAUUGGUGCAUACAUAUUAAGUAGCUAAUACCUGACAGCCAAGUGAGACAUUGAAAGCCUCUAGGUAUUCACUAUUUGUCCAGUUUUAGUUAACUCUGAGCUCUUUACUCACAAUUCGCACCCAAACGUACUUGUGUUUGAGAUUGCCUAAAAUAACGAUUUAAUUUAUUUUUUUAAGCAUAAAAAUCUCGAGCAAUCUGUGAUAUUAUAAAACAAAACAAACAAAAAGAAAACUUGACAAGUUAUAGCAUUCGAACGUCGGCUAACCAUUUGGAGGGCUAAUAUCUAAAAAUCAAAUAUAACUCAUUGUCGCAGCGAUCGUGUGGAAAUGGACUUUACGAGUGCAUGCAAAACUUUUUCCGCAUAUGCAUUUCCAUGCCAAUUCCGACCUAUGCAAAUCCAUGUUUUCUUUUCCUUAUUGAAACAACUUUGUAAGAAGAACUUAAAUGAAACUAAGAUGUGGGUAUGAAGGUAUCAGUUAAACUGAAAGUGAAAAUAUUUUUAUUAAAAAAAAACACUAGUUUACAAGAUUUCCGGUCUAUGGAAUCUGGUACUUGUUUUGCCUUUAAAAUUGCCGCCACGAUUCGAUUUAAUCAGUUCUUAAAAUCAGUUUCCUAUAUUGUAUGCGCAACUUCACAUGAGCAAAAGAAAUUAUAUACUUGAAAAGACAAACAAUAGAAAUUUUUGGUUGGCAGUUGGUGAAACAGAGAAUAAAAGCAACUAUCAGAAACUGUUGAUCGUAAUAUUUGUGUAAAUUUGUAAACUAGUGGAAUCGUAAUAGUUCUUGGAUAAUACAAUGCAUGCGGCUACAACGGAUAUGAAAUGGUGCGCAUAAAUAUAUGUAAACUUAAUCCACAAAAUGCGAAUGCAAAUAAAUAACGCAUAAUAGUUUCAAAUACAAACCUUAAACAAAAUACAUAAAUUAAACGUAUUUCUCCCUCAAUCUUCGUUGUGUGUGUAAAACAGAAUACAAAGUGUAAAACAUAAUUUUUAAGCUAACCAACAAUUCCAAAUAGAGAUCAUCGAGCAGCAUAUUUUGAGCAACAGUUGAAUGUAUGAUCAUAACAAUAACAUAACGUGCAACAACCAACACAUCCAAUAACUACAAAUUAUCUCAAACGUGUGGCAAGCAACAAAAGCCUGACACAUCCAACAAAUUAUAACAAUCUUGUGCAACUUUACUUAAGGCAUUUAUGAUUUUAUUGAAUAAACUGUACGUAAGAGAUUAUAA